CUUCUUCAUCGACUUGUUCUAAGUAUUUCAUUCUCUUCAUCGAUUCUCAAGUCUCAACAUUCCUCUCUCAUAUUCGAUCUUUUUGCUGAAUGCUAUAUGCAUGAUGGAGGCAGAUCCUUCGUGCGAGUCGAUCAAGAAGGUACAGUCACGAUUCGAUUUCGAGGUUCCCGAACUGGCCGUUCGCUUAGCUCUGAAGGAGUCUCAGUUCAACCUGGAUGCUGCAGUGGAGUUUCUCAACAACAAUCCCGGGUUUCUGGCCCGGCCCGUCACGGUGGUUCGGGCUGUUGCUAGCACUGGCUCGAGGGUUUUGGCACCGACUCCGAUAAAGCAAGAGGGCUUCGAUGAUUCGCGUGUGUCCGAUGAAAUGUGUCUGAACAGCAAGGUGAAAGAGGAACCCGUUUAUCCGGCGCUUGAGAAUCAAAACCCGGCGAAAGCAGAAAAUGGUUCCGAUGAUUCUCAUGAAGUGGCGCAACCGGUCGACGAGUUGAAUGUGGAGAAGAAAGUGAAGGAAGAAGUCAAUGUCGACCCCGAGAAGCAGGUUUCAAAGAGAGAAGAAAUGGAUUCUGGUGGUUCUGGUUCAUUGCUGUCCCAAACCCAGACGCAAGGGUCUACCGGUAUUUCGAAGUCUUCAUGGGAAGCUGGAUACGAAGAGUUUCUCAAGGCCACAAACGCAAAAGUUAUGUCAAAGGAAGAAUAUAUAAACUCCGUUGCGGAACAGCAGCCAUCAGUCCAGGCUGAAGGUCCGAAAUUGACACAAGAUUUGGCUUCUGCAAAUAAGGCCUCUGAUAAGAAAGAAGUUGCUACCCCUGAUCGCGAUGAAGUAAAAAUCCUCAAAGAAGUUAGUUCCUUUCCAAUUUUUCGGAAGUCUUCGCAGGUUAAAAAGGAAAAGGUUGAACCUAGACCUCCAAAUGUGGAGGAUGGGGACUUUCCAGUUGAUCGAGACUGGUUUUUAGCGGGUAGGACAAUUAUUACUGUACUUUCAACUACCAAAGGGAGGAAAUUAGUGGACAAUGAGAUUGUAUAUUUUGAUUUCCGAUCUGCAUUUGCGAAACACAACUCGAAAUGGAUUCUUCGCAUUUCAACCAAGCGUUCCGGAGAGGUUGGACGGGUUCCUAUGGAAUGGGCUAAAGAGGUUGUUCCACUCGUUCGUUCUGGAAAGGUGAAGGUUAAAGGCCGAUGCGUGGCUGCACCGCCUUUCUUACAAAUGAUGCAAGAAGUCAUGUUGUGUGUAAGCUUUUACAUCCACCACAGCGCAUUCACGUCAGAAGUCAACACUUCAUGGAAGCUUGAUGGCCCUGCUUACAUUGACCCUUCUGUCUAUCCUCUCAUCUCAGUGUUUAGAUUGAUAGAAAUGAAGCCAUAUCAGAAUGCUGCUUUUACUCCAGAGGAACUUGAUUCUAGAAAGCGUUUGUUCAGUCUCAGGGGUAAUCCUGAUGAAGCUGCAUCAAAUAUGCCUGUCUUGAAACGGAGAAAGGGUGGUUCUCCAGAUCAAGAUGAUGAACAAGCUGUGUCACAAUCAUCUUUGAGUAUGCUUGUUGGAGCAGCUGAAGUCUACGACUUGGAGGAGAUGGAGGGGCCAAGCACACUGAUGUGUGAUCUAAAGCCUUACCAGAAGCAAGCUCUGUAUUGGAUGUCGGAACUAGAGAAAGGAACUAAUGCUCAGAAUGCUGAAAGUACUCUUCAUCCUUGCUGGGCAGCCUAUUGUAUAAAUGAUGAGAGGGUUCCCUCUAUUUACGUAAACAACUUCACAGGGGAAGCAACAAGUAAGCUGCCGCCUGCAUUUCGAUUGCCAAGAGGAGGAAUUCUCGCAGAUGCAAUGGGACUGGGGAAGACUGUCAUGACUAUUGCUCUAAUUCUUGCAAGACAAGGGAGAGGAGAUAAUAUUGGUCUUUUAAGGAACAGGAACCAAGAUUCUCAUGCUGACGCCACAUUAGUUGAUGGCGGCACUCUUGUUGUUUGUCCCAUGGCAUUGCUAGGUCAAUGGAAGGACGAGAUUGAAACCCAUUCCAAGCCAGGAAGUAUAUCCAUUUUUGUUCACUAUGGUGGGGACAGGACCAAUGAUCCUCGGGUGAUCUCAGGGCGUGAUGUUGUUUUAACAACAUAUCGUGUCCUCGCAGAUGCAUAUAAAUCCUAUGGAGAGAACAGCAUUUACCAUAGGGUCAACUGGCAAAGGGUGGUCCUAGAUGAAGCCCAUUCCAUUAAAGCCUAUAAAUCUCAUGCUGCAAAAGCUGCUUUUACACUGACCUCACGCUGCCGUUGGUGUCUUACUGGAACCCCUUUACAGAAUAGCUUGGAAGACCUAUUCAGCCUCUUGUGCUUCUUGCAAGUUGAACCAUGGGGCAAUUAUGCAUGGUUUAAUAAAUUGGUUCAACGGCCUUAUGAGAAUGGUGAUCCUCGAGGCUUGAAAUUAGUCAAGGCCAUUUUGAAGCCAUUGAUGUUGAGAAGAACAAAAGAAACAAAGGAUAAGUGCGGAAGGCCCAUACUUGUUCUUCCACCAACUGACAUUCAAUUAGUUGAGUGUGAACAGACAGCAGCUGAGGCUGAAUUUUAUAAUGCUCUCUUCAGGAAAUCUAAAGUUCAAUUCGACGAGUAUGUUGGACAAGGAAUUUUCAGCAACUAUGCCAACAUUCUAGAGUUAUUAUUGCGGUUGAGACAAUGUUGUAAUCACCCGUUUCUGAUCACAAGCCGAAAUAAUUCAAGGAAGCCUGUGGACUUUGACAUACUAGCAAAAAGACUACUCGAGUUCAACUCCAAUUCUACGAGUCAGCGUGCAUAUGUUAACGAGGCCAUGGAGGCUCUUCGCAAGGGUGAAAAACUAGAAUGCCCAAUAUGCUUAGAAUCUGCAGAUGAUCCUGUGUUCACUCCAUGUGCACACAGAAUGUGUAGGGAAUGCUUACUUUCCAGCUGGAGUACCCAAAUCAGUGGUCCCUGCCCUCUCUGUCGUCAGAAGCUAGACAAAACUGACCUAAUUAAUUGUCCAUUUGAGAAUCAGUUCGUGGUUGCUGAUGUUGAGAAGGACUGGAAAGAGUCUACCAAGGUUUCAAAGCUUUUGGAAUACUUGGAACACAUUCAGAGAUAUCGCCCUGCGGAAAAAAGCAUUGUGUUCAGCCAAUGGACCUCUUUUUUGGACCUCUUGGAGAUUGCUUUGAGGAAGAAAGGAAUUGGGUAUUUUAGAUUUGAUGGGAAGCUGCAACAAAAGAAUAGGGAAAGAGUUUUGAAGGAGUUCAAUGAGUCAAGUGAGAGAAGGGUUUUGUUGAUGUCACUUAAAGCUGGUGGUGUAGGUUUGAACUUGACUGCAGCCUCAAAUGUCUUCAUGAUGGAUCCAUGGUGGAAUCCUGCGGUUGAGGAACAAGCUAUUAUGAGAAUCCAUCGUAUAGGACAAAAGCGAACAGUUGUGGUUAGAAGAUUCAUUGUCAGGGAUACUGUGGAAGAGAGGCUUCAACAAGUUCAGGCGAAGAAGCAGAAGAUGAUAUCUGGAGCCCUCACAGAUGAUGAAGUUCGAUCAGGAAGGAUUGAAGAUCUCAUGAUGCUGUUCAGUUGAAAGACUUGAUGGGAUAUUAAAUUAAAAAUUUAGAAUCGGAACUUAGAAGAUGUAGAGAUCUCUAGUUUUGUUAGAAAGCCUUGAGUUAUGAUACUUGGUUUCUUGAAGCUCAUUUUGUACAGAGGUAGGAUUCUGAUCAUUGAGGAGGCUUUUAUUUUUUAUUUGUUUCUGUCUAAUUUGUGUAGAGCUAAGAAUCUCACUGGGCUGUAUAUCCUUUGGCUUUAGGAGUAUCUAUUUUUAAGAAUCA